UAGGUGGGCUAAAAGUUGAGUUAACCCAAACGACGUCGAACUCAGCGGUAAAGCAAUCACAAAGAAAACAUUAAACGCAAAUCAAAACCAAGACGUUAAAUGUUCACCUCACUAUACUGCCUCUGGUUUUCGCAAAAUACCUAAAGCACAUUAGCUGCUUCAGGCUAGCACUCGUCGCUAGCUCUGCCAUUGACUUAAGAGCAUUCUAAAUUAUCUUUGCUUCAGCUUGGCAGGCGGGUUUCCUCCAUGACAGACAACUUGCUAACUUUAUUGGGAUUUUCAUGUUUUUACCAUAGGGUUCUAAUACAUAUAUUCUGGAUGUUAUCUUGGUAUUUUUACCAUUAAACACAUUAAAAUGUUGCACACUUGGCUUGCCGAAAGCUUUCGUCAUCAUGGUCCUAGAGCCGUCCCCCAACCCAGAUCCAGUCAACAGCAAUCACUGUGUCCCUCGGUAAACGCAGUCGUGUACCAGACGUUUUUUCCAGGCAUUAUUGACCAACCAUUAAUGUCGUGAUUCAGAUAUAAAGAUGUCCUCUCCUCAGCCUGGCAGCCCACCUCUUGCAGAGCAAUACACCCCUCCUGCCCAGGAUGAAGAGAGCCAGCAAGAGGAAGAGGUGUUAAGGGAUCAGCCUUCAAAGAAACGUGGCAGAGGCAGGCCUCCAAAAGCCAAACCUUGCUUCAAAUGCUCUGCAUGCACAGAGGCUUUCAGGAGUCUAUCAGCUCUGCGGAGUCACAAGCUUUCAGCACAUGUAAAGGACCGUCAGCAGCAACUCUCAUGUUCUCAGUGUACCAAAACAUUCUCGAGCAAGGCUCAGCUCUCAAAGCAUGAGCGCACUCACUCAGCCCAGCGCCCCUUUCAGUGUCCCGACUGUCACAAGGCUUACAAGACCCCCACAGAGUUACGCAACCAUAGCCGCUCUCACACUGGGGAGAAACCUUUCAUAUGCACAGAGUGUGGAAAGGCCUUCAUGCAGGCUAUAUGCCUGAGGAUCCAUAUGACACAGCACAGUGGAGAGCGUCCUUACUCUUGCCGUCAUUGCUCUAAGAGCUACCCCACCCUGUCUAAACUGAAGGUGCACAUGCGCUCUCACACAGGAGAAAAGCCAUACUUCUGUGCCGAGUGUGGUAAGAGUUUUGCUGAUCCCUCUGUGUUCCGAAAACAUAGAAGGAACCACCAGGGCCAUCGGCCAUAUGCCUGUGACGAGUGCGGGAAAACGUACACAGAGCUGAAGGACCUGAAAAACCACGAGCGCUCCCACACUGGGGAAAAGCCGUACCUGUGCUCAGACUGUGGCAAAGCCUUUUCCCGCUCCUCCUCUCUGGCCUGCCAUCAGCGCAUUCACUCCCAGAAUAAACCCUAUCAGUGUGAACAGUGUGGCAAAGGCUUCACCCAGCUAUCCUCUUACCAGUCUCAUCUCCGCACUCACUCUGGUGAGAAGCCUUUCCUUUGUCCGCAGUGUGGCAAGAUGUUUUCUGACCCAUCCAGUUUCCGUCGCCACCAACGAGCCCACUUGGGUUUCAAGCCCUACCCCUGCGAUAAGUGUUCCAAGAGGUUCAGGCAGCCAGCUGAUCUGGCUGUGCAUGAACGUGUUCACUCUGGAGAAAGGCCUUACAAAUGCCAGAGCUGCGACAAGGCCUUUGUUGCAUCCUGGGAUCUGCGGCGCCACAUGCUUGUCCACACGGGACUCAGGCCCUUCUCUUGCACUGAAUGUGACAAGUCAUUUGCUGAGCGCUCCAGCCUCAACAAACACCGGCGGGUGCACUCUGGAGAGAGGCCUUUCAAAUGUGAGGAGUGCCUGAAGUCAUUUGUCGUGUCUUCAAGCCUGCGCAAACAUGAGAGAACUCACCUAGCUGAGCAGUCUGAGCAGCAGCAGCAGCAGCAGCAGCAACAGCAGCAACAACAACAACAACAACAACAACAACAACAACAACAACAACAACAACAACAAAACCAGGAGACAGAGGCAGGGUCAGUUUCAGGCUUUACUGCCCACACAACUCUCCCUCAGUUCUCCUGUACACACUGUGUUGCUACAUUUGGAACCUGGGAUGAAGUUCAGGCCCACGAAAGUCUUCACUCCAUCGACUCCACUCCUCCCACUGUUACCAAAAUUGUGCCACUGGGCUCACAUGUCUGUGAAACCUGCCAGGCAGAGUUUGCACACCUGGCAGACUUGCAGGAGCACGAGAAGCAGCAUCCCAAGCCGAGGCCUCAUGUCUGCAACAGCUGCGGCAAAGGCUUCCUCAACAAAUCUGGACUACGUAAACACCAGAAGAUCCACUCCACCGAUAAACCCCACAGCUGCCCCCAAUGUGGCAAAGCCUUUCUGUUUGCCGCCUACCUUCGCAAGCACUUACGGACUCACGCAGACGCUGCCCCGGCCGCCCCACAACUCAGUGACAUAAACAUAAUUCACACAGACCCGCUCCCAUCUCCUCCAGCCCCCAGUGAGGUUUCUCCCUCCACUGUUGAACCCGCCACCAUUUCCCUGACGGUUCCAGUCACUGUACCUGUGACUGCUUUUCAGACUCUGCCAGAGUACUUAGUCAAAGAAGAGGGACUUUAAGCUUUUUUUUUUUUCACUGUUUUGGAACCUUGACUCCACAAAUAUUUAGCCAGUGGCCUUAAAUAUUUUUCGAUGAUGGGUCUUAUUUUCCAAAAAAGUGUCAUUUUUCAAAAGAACUUCCUUCAGAAACUUCAAAAUAGUCUCCUACAUGUGAAUUGUUAACUCUUUGUCACUGUUUUGUAUUGCCAUGAUAUUUGCGAGAUGUUAUGUAUGACGUUCAUGUUUUAAAAUAUGUAUUAUACUAUAAGUAGCCUAUUAAGGAAUUGUCUUAUCUGUUGUAAUCUCCUCAUAAAAAAUGGUAUUGCAAUAUACAGUAUACUGUCUGCUGAUCACUCACUUAAAAAUGUUGUGAUUUCUGGUAAACUCGUUUUUUAUAAUGCAUUUUUAAUUACAGCUUAUCUCAAAUUCUUUAGAUUGUGAAUUUACAUUUUUUUUAGCUUAAAUUGUAACUGUUUUCUUGUGUAAUUAUUUGUAAUUACUCUCCUUGUCAUCUAAUAUUAUAAAAUUUGUUGAAUUAAAAAAAAAAGAAGAGUGGAAUUCCAAAACAUACAAAUAGUGGAAUUCAAUUUUUAUACCAAUAAAAAUGUGUAAUGUGCACAAA